AUGCACUUCUCAACCACCACCCUCAUCACCCUCCUGGCCUCCACCGCCGCCGCCGCCCCAGUCUCCACCACCGCGGCCACCUGGACCAUCAACAACUUCAAGCGGACCUGCAAUUCGGCCGACACGGUCUGCCAGGUCGAGUUCGGCCUCAACGGCACCAACUGCAGCUACCAAGUCAACGCGGCGUCCUUGGCCUCGCAGACCAGCGUCAACGGUGUCGUCUGCGGCCCUUACCAGGUCUCGAGCGGCUGGAGCGGCCAGUUCGGUGCGGGCAACGGCUUCACCACCUGGAGCGUCGCAGACUGGGCCAACAAGCUCAUCGCCUUCCCCAGCUACGCCGACCGUGACAUUCCCAACGGACAGGUCGUCAGCCCUGACAGGAGCUUUGCCGUGCAGGCGCUGUGA